AUGACUUUCGCCCCCCACAUCCCCGACCCUCCACCUCCCCCCCCUACCAUCCCAUCCCCCUGCCAUUCCCCCUUUCCCGUGCCCCCCCCCCCCCUUGUGUUCUUGUUAGAACCCCCCCACCCUGCCCCAAUCCCCCUCGCCCCUCGAUUCAUUUACCCACCCGCUACCCUCCCCCCCAACCCACCGCCGUACCCCCCCGGUCCCCCCCCCCCGGCCACUCGCCCCCAACAGCCUGUGCCCCCCGGCCGGGCGCCGCCCCGCCACCCCGUGCCCUUUCCCGAGUGGUUCGGCCCCUCCCGGCUCCUCCCCUCUAAAUCACCAACCUCCGCCUCCGACCCGCCCCCAUCCCCCCGGCGUCCCGGCCCCCUGCCAUCCCAACGCUUAGCACACCCUCACCCCCCCCCCCCUCCCCUCAAGUCCCCAAGUACCCACCUGCCCCCUCCCCCCAACCUCCCUCAUCUCCCCGCUAGCACCCCCCCUACCAACCCGACCCCACACCCCCCGACCGUCGUCCCCCCGCCCACCCCCCCCCUACCCCCCCCUCCGGUCCCGCCGAAAGCCACCCUACCCGCAUCGACCCCCUCCCCCCGCCACAGUUCUACCCCCGUCCCCCCCCCCACCCCGCUACCCCCCCCCCCCCACGCCUCCCCCCCCCUCACCCGCACGUCGGUCGUCAACCCGCACCCUAUUCCCCCGUCCACGCCCCCACUGCCCCGCCCCAAUGGGCCGGCCCUCGGCUCCGUUGCCCCCCUGGCCGUCUCCUCCGUGCCAUUCACCGCGCAGUGGCCCUCUCCCCCAAAUGAUCCGCCCCGACCUGGUACACUCCACCCCUCCCUGCCCGCGAACCCGAACACUCACCCCCCCACCCCGACGCCCCCGGCCUCCGGACCCCCCCCGGCCCCCCCCCCCCCCAUAGGUGCCUCCCACGCGCCACCCCUCAGCCCCCCCUCUGAGCCCCCGCACCGGCUAGAACUAAAUCCCUAUGGCGCCGCCCCUCAACCGCCCCCCCUCAACCCUCCUGACUUAUUAAUCCCCCCCAACCCCACCCCCCAGGCAACCAUGCCACGAUAA